UUGUUAUUUUAUUUUCACCUGCAAUCAAGUCAAGGUGUUGCCAGCUUUCCAAUUACAUAUGCUAGACACUGGAUUGGAUAGGAUAGUGGGGAUUUGCAUAAACCACUGCAGCAUCAACAGCAUUAGCAGCAGCAGCGGCUGGUUGACUCGUUUGGAGACCCCAAAACUGGUUACCGGAACCAAUAAACCAGAUGAAUAUUAAUUUGCUAGAAAGUUGAAUUGGCACUGCAGCCGAUUCCCCCCAUUGGCCGCACUACUCGAAAAGAACAAUCAUCACGUGGCCAGAGGCAAAGGCACACAGUGCACGUAGGCCAACAGCAGCACCACCAAAGCCAAAAGCACUCGACGGGAGAAAAACUCACUCAAAAAGCGGCGACGGCGGCGGCGACCCACUCAAAACUAACGCACGAAACAAAGCAGGCAGGCGGCUGUGGGGCUCAUGCUUUAUAUAAAAUCAACUGAGCAUAUCUGUUGGAAUUCAUUAAACGUUUUACUGCACAACCCGACCGACGUACGACGUACAGCAGUUAGAGGCCCGAGAGCUCCGUCGCACACAAAUCUUUCGUCUUCACACACAAACACCUAGCAGCAGCAGCAGCAGAAGCUCAAUCAACCAUCAAUAUGAAAUUUUUAGUCACCAUCGCCGCCCUCUGCCUGUGCCUGGCGUACGUUACGGGCCAGCAAUACUUUUUGGGACAGUUCCCGGGUCGUGCCCGCUUUGGAUUUGAUCCCCUGUCCCUCGCCCAGCCUUCAUCUGCCACACAACAAGUGCGGGAUCCCCGACAGAACAGAGGCCCCGUUGUGUUCCCCCCAUCCCCGCCAGAUGCAGUGGACGAGUCCAGCGGCGUGGUUGUGGGUGCCUCUGGCUAUGGCUUUGUGCCGCCCCAGCAAACGGCGGCGAUAGUGGCAGCAGCAGCAGCAGCAGCAGUGGCGGAUCCAACCUUCUUUAGCACCAGUUUCCAGACACCGGACACUUCCUAUGCGACAUAUAACUACUUCAGUAAUCCGUACACCACAAGGUUUAGAUACUUUUGAUGCGGACGCGUGAUGAGUGACGAAGAAGAACCAUCUAGAGUCAUGUUGUGUAGUCAGUAGCUGAAGGAACAGAACUGGAAGCUGGAGACGACGAGGAGUAGGAGCAAGAGCUGGAGACUAGAUACAAUUCUUUUGUAAAUAAAUGUGUUAACUUUAA